AUGGUUGAUAACCAAUUAACCCCUCUAAAUCUCUAUUUCCACACCAAUAAACAGGAGUGGAGAGCUCGUUACUGUGAGUUGGACUUGAAAAAGACGAAGCAUUUUUCAUGUAACAGAUAUGGCCACAACCGUUCCUACUUCCUCGCAACUCUUUAUCUAACCUCCAUUAAGUUAUAUCAACUACCGUUAACGGCAGAUGACAUAUUAUCUUGGUUUAGUAUUAUCAAGGACUUUAAAAGCCUUGACGAUACACCUCAAAAAGUCAUCCCCAAAUCACUAACACACAAUAAGCCACUAGAUAAUAAGUUAUUAGACAAUAAACUACCACACAAUAAGCUACCGGACAAUAAGCUAUUAGAUAAUAAGUUAUUGGAAAAGUUAAUGUUGGAUGUGCGGAGUAAAUCGAUGUUUGAGUGUGCUGUGGAAUCGGUGGCUUCAAGGGAAUAUGUGAUGGGAGUGACAUUUCCCGUACCGGAGCUGUGUAAACAAAGCAUCUGCAACGAGUUUAAUAACUUAGUCUCACUGCUAAAGUGUUAUAAAGUUGAAGGUGACAGGGGUAAACCGAAACCCGAGCCUCAGACACAUAAUGAACAACUCACACUACAAGAUUUGUUCAGCCACGUCAUGAACAUCUCACACAACCCGAUUUACCCCUUUAACACUCACACUGUAGAUUCUAUGGAGAAUACUGUAGACAUUGUAGACACUGUAGACAGUGUAGACACUGUAGAAGUUGGUGUGGAAAAUACUGUAGAUUCUGCUGCUACUAUAGACAAUACUGUGGAUAAUAGUUUAGACACUAUAGAGAGUACUGUGGAUAAUAGUUUGGACACUGUAGAAGAUGUGGCUGGUGCCGUGGGACCUAACGCCGUAACGGAGGACAUUUCCAAGUUAAUACAAAUGAACAAUAAAAAGUACAACAAAGUGUACAAACUACUCAAUCACUUCAUUCUCAAACUCAGAGAUUCAACGGAAGAAUUUGGUCCCACCUGUGAUAAUAUUCCACAAGAUUAUGAACACAUUGCUGCAGUAGAUGUAGAUGAGGAAGAAAUUUCGGGACUGUUGAAGAUAUGUAAGAGUAACGAGGAGGUGAUAGAGGAAAUGUCGAGAGGUUUCAGGGGCAACGCCCGCUACAGAAAUAACACAGAAACCUUCAUCAACACAUUCAAUCACCUCUUCAAACAAGACACGUUUCACAACACACAAUCUUAUAGUAAUAGUGUUGGUAGUGGUGAUAGUGUUGGGGGUGUGGAGAGUGUGUCUGACGAUGACGUAAACAGUUUGCAACAGUAUUUUAGGCAUAAUUCUCUUUAUAAUUUGACUUCGUUUAGGGAAGAUGAGGAGUGUGUGUUGGAUAAGGGUGUGGACUUGAGUAAGAUUUGUAAUGAGAGGUUAAACAGUUUACUGAGGCAGACGGAGCAUUUAGAGCCUGAGGAACUGUUAUCCACGCUUUCCGUGUGUUUUGAGCAGGAGUCGAAAUCCUCCAGUGAUCUCGCGUCUUUGAUUAGAAUUUGUACCAUAACGCCCCAAAACACCGGGGAGACACUUUAUAAAUCAAACAGACUAUACCAAGUCAACGGCACAUACAACGGACAAUACAUCGACGUCGUCUACAAAUACGGCAAAAUCAUACCCAAAUCCACCCUCAAAUUCUACUCCAAUCCAGAACAUCCGAUAGUACUGAGGGGGAAUGAGAAGAUGGACGUGAAUAUGGAGAUGAUAGAGCGCAUAUUUAGUAAAAACUUUAAUCAGUCCGACAAUGUACAACUUAUACUACAAAAUCUCAGGUUGAUAGACUCCAAGUUAACACGAGUGGUAAAAGAGUAUGAGAACAUGCACAUGGCGAUUUAUAAGUAUGUGAACACAGCGGACAGAGAUUUAAAGUGUAAGAAUUAUGUGGAGGAGUUGGUAAACCUGGAAACGCUCCACGUGAUAGCGGAAACACUAAUGCAAACUAAAUUAAAGCUAAUAACCCAAGUGUAUAACUAUUAUAAUACGCAAGUUAACUUACUGGAAAGUGUUAUUCCAAGGAAAUACUUUCAAAUCUUCAAGGAAAUAUUCUAUCACCAAUAUGAACAGUUUUAAUACUCCACACAAUAUACAAUGUAUUAUAUAUAUA